AUUAGUGGGAGUGUUUCUAUGAUAUAUUUAUGACGCUAGAAACUUCGACGAAAUGAUAAACAAAUGGUCACAUAUAGUCUUGAGCAUCACAAUGAUGCUCAUCAUUUUCCUGUUUGUCUUCAGCGCAGACUGGCGAUAUAUAAUAAAAAGCUCUGCUGUGAUGGAGCCACAAAUCGGAAGCCGGAGUUUUGUUACGGAAAAGUUGCGUGGCGAUCUGGACUUCGAGAUUCUCAUAGAAGAAGAUGGGAGAACACAAGAAAAGAAACUAACAUAUGAGCUACUGAGAAAAGUCAUGGAGUAUGAACGAUUGCAGAGGGAAAAUAUUGCAGUGGAUGAUCAAGAAACACAAAAUUACCAAAGAAAAACAAUUGUAAAUGAAGGACAUAAAUUUAGCGUAAAAAUCCCGUCUUACAGCGGCUCACAAGAACUAAUCUUACUCGUCAGCUCUCUGGGACGAGGAGGAAGCUCCUGGGUAGGCGAACUGCUUUCCAAUAUCAGCGAAGAAUUAAUAUACAUCUUCGAGCCUCUUAAAAUCAUCACCGAUGUUUACGAGAGCAGAAUGACGCCUUCGAUGGUCACUGAAAUCCUGUCAAUUGUUUUUUCGUGCCAGUUCACUAAAGCUUUCAGUGAAUACAGAAAAGUUUGGCCUGAGAAUUUCAGAAAAUUUCCUGACGAGUGCAAAGGCACACAUUGUUUCGAUCCUAAUAUUCUCAGCGAGAGAUGUCGCAAAGCCAAAACUAUUAUCGCCAAGACCAUUCGCCUAACGCUGGCACACGUCGAGCUGCUCAUGGUUAUGCCCAACUUCCAGCACCUGAAAGUCAUUUACUUAUCCAGAGACCCGCGAGCUCAGGUCUUGUCCAGGUAUUGUAGGCAGCAUUAG